AUGCGUAAGGAGAUUAAGGAUUUUGUUGCUCGGUGUUUAGUCUGUCAACAAACGAAGUAUUCUACUUGCAAACCAAGUGGCUUACUACAGCCUUUACCCAUACCAUCAAAUGUUUGGGAGGACAUUUCGUUGGAUUUUAUCACUGGUUUACCCCUUUCUGGAGGAUAUUCAGUCUUGCUGGUUGUGGUGGACCGCUUCUCCAAAUAUACUCAUUUAGGUGCCUUACCCUCUCACUUCACUGCUUAUAAGGUUGCAGAAUUGUUUGUCAACAUGGUUGUAUAUGGUAAGGAACCUCCCACAAUUGCAACGUAUGUCCUUGGUGCUUCCAAAAUUGCUGCUACUGAUGAUCUACUAAAUGAGCGUGAAGAAGUGCUUUCCAUGUUGCGCAAGAAUUUGACAAAGGCCCAGGAGAGAAUGAAGACUCUUGCUGAUAAUCACCGCCGCGAUGUAUCUUUUGAGGUCAAUUCUUAUGUUCAUGUGAAGUUGCAGCCUUAUAGGCAAAGUUCUGUUUCUGGUGUUAAGUAUAAUAAGCUCCAAAAGCGCUACUAUGGUCUGUUUCGUGUUUGUGAACGUAUUGGCCAAGUAGCCUACAAGUUGGAACUCCCUUCCCAUUCAAAGAUUCACAAUGUGUUUCAUUGUUCACUUUUGAAACCUUACUUGGGGCCUAUCCCUCCUGAUGCACCCAUUCUUCCUCAUGAUUCGGUUGACAAUCACCCUAUAGUGACUCCCCUUGCCAUUCUGAACUCACGUAUUAUUUCAGUAAAUGGCCAGCAGAUACAGCAAGUUUUAGUGCAGUGGAAUGGGCUGCCACCUGAAGAUACCACUUGGGAAAAUUGGCAGGAUUUGCAAAUUAGUUACAACCUUGAGGACAAGGUUGAAUUUGAUGGGAUAGGUAAUGAUACGGACUCUGCUGCUGCUGUUAAUAAUGGGUCUGAGGCAAAAAUUAAUACAACUUCCACAAGGCCUGUUAGAAACAAGAGACUUCCAGCCAAGUUUAAUGAUCAUCUUAUUUACAAAUAA